CUCCAGUCAAAUGGAGCCAUAUGAGGUGAACCUGCUGCUUUACACCAGUGCAGUCUGUGCAUUGUGGAACAGCUAACGGGGCCUUGUCAUCGGACCAAAAUAUCAGCUAACCGAUAGCCUGGUUGCCUUUUAGCUGGGUUAUUUUAUCCCAUCUGCGGUGCUAGAUUUAGCCGGGUGGCUGAGGGCGGCAGUAAAUCGAUGUUGCUUGUGGAGUGGCGGACGGAGUUUUUUGUUAUGCACGAUGUCGUCGAAGCCGCACCGUUAUUUCUAGCUAGCACAGAGAGGCUAGGCUAGCCCGCUAACAGCAGUCAGCAACGCGUGUCUAAUCGGUCUGUUAUCGCCAGCAAAGUAUUCAAAUGGAGCAGUGGCAGGAUGUGGUCUCCCAUCAGCUCGAGCUAAUCACUACCCGACUCACUGAGCUACUGUCCCGGGGUCAGCUUUGGAUAAAGACCGAGCUCGGUGUGGAUCUAGGGCUGAAUCCCGAGCUCAUUCCGCCAUGGGUGAUUCUCUUAGCCGCAUGCACCGGGUUGGUACUGAUGGUGAUUCUGUGGGCCUCACUGUGUCGUGCUGCGUUCAAGAAACAACCCGUCAGCAAAGCCGCGGAGGAUUAUGUCACUGGCGUAAAGCGAACGGCAAAACCAGUCAAAGAUGAGCCGAAGAAAAAGAAGAAGAAAUCAGAGAAGAAAUCUCAGCCCAACGGGAGAGCUGCGGUUGAACCUCAGGAGGAAGAAGCAUUAGUGCCAGAGGAGAUAGUGCCACAUCACCAUGAGCCGCCCCCUUCACAAGGCAAGACCGAGAAGGCAGCAGAGGUAAAGAAAUCUAAGAAGAAGGCCAAACAAGCAGUCAAGGAGCCAGCUACAAUUGUCACAGAUAGUAAAGAACCAGAAGAAGGCACAUGGGAGACUAAGGUUAGUAACAAGGAAAAGCGUGAGCAGCGUAAAAAGGACAAAGGCUCCAGUGAUGGCUCCUCUAGUCCAGGAGGGGUUGAUUCUCGAGUUAGCAUUGCCACAGAGCAGCCGAAGACCUCUCCUGCUGUGUUACCUGCAAACCAAAAGAAGAAGAAAGGAGGAGAAGUUAAAUCAGAGAAGAUUGAGGCUGAAGUGCCCAAAGCUCCUGUGAAGGCUGACCCAACUGCUGCCCAUGUCCCCAUAGCAGUGAUGACAAAAGUCCCUCCUCAGACUGUGGCUCCAAAGACUGUAAACUGGACGACUAAUCGGGAGCCUGCUUCAUUGUGGAGCUCGGAAAUUGAUGGAUCGUGGACUGUUAUUGAUCGCAGCAGUCUUGGGACCUUCACUGCACUUGGGGUGCCCUCUACUGAGUCCAAGCCCAUGAGUCAGCUGCCAUGGUUGAAUCAACCAGCUGUGGAUGAUGAGUGGUCUGGCAUCAAUGGUGGCGGUAUUGAUUAUAACUCUGACUGGAAUGCUCCCUCUGAGGUUUGGGGUAACUAUGAAGAGCCUGCUUCCCCUGAUCCUGUCCCAGUGCAGGAGCCCCCAGUCCCAGAACCAGACAAGAACAACUUACUCAUCGAAGCAGCUAAUGAUGAUAAUGAGAAGGAAAAAGAAGACAUUACUGGCGAUGGAGCAGCUAAAAGUAAAAGGAAGAAGAAAAAGAAGAAGAAGGCAGCUGAAGAGGGUGCCACCUCUGGACAGAGUGAAGAGCCUGAAAAGGAUGCCCCUGUGUCCUCAAUGAAACAGCCACCUCUGGUUCAGGAGAUUCAAGCCUCAGUCCAGACGGUUAAAGUUACUGCUACUGAGGUGAAAGCUGAGCAAAAUUUGAAGGAGAAUGUAGUUCAGAAACCUCCAGUCACACAAGUGCCACAAAAGCCAGCAGACAUGGAGCCCACUGCCAAGAGCAACCCUGCUUCAACACAACAAAAAAAACCUGAGGAGAGCCAAGCGCCCAAACCAGCUAAGAAGAAGAAGGCCAGACGGGAGACAUGAGACAGGACACACUCUACAACAGACUCAAUAUCCUGUUUAUGCAACUCCUUUUGUGACAAAUUUUGAACUUACAGACUUGACAUUUGUCUGGAUUAUUUUUUUUUUUUCGACUUGUUGAUUGAUCAAUCAGCCACCGGAUGUUCCUAAACUGAACCUAGAUGCAGUGCAAUCUAACUUAAUGCUGUGUUGCUGAUUUUUAAAUAUGACUUUGAUACUCUUGAUUCCACCAUCUAAUCAAAAAGUGCUGAUUGAAGGAGUUGUAUUGUAGUAGUAUGUAUGAUCUUGUCUAGAUUAUGUUGCGGUGUCAAAUGGUAACUCACAAUGUUUGCUAUCAGGAUGAAUCCAUUUGGGCACAACUUAUUGGCAGUUUUAUUUUUGUUAACUGAAUGGUACAAAGGUUACCAGGGGCUUUUCUGGUGAUAUCACAAAUUAACAUUUAUGUUAAUGCACUGAACACACAAGCUGUACACUGUAAAGGGAACGGGAGAUUUGGAAUUAGGAAUGUCACAACACAAUUUAAAAUUUUAAUGUUACUGUUGUGAGAAGAAACAUCAUGCUUUAACGAUCAAACAUGAAUAAAAGUUGUGAAGUCUAUAAUUUGCUUUUUUUCCCCAUGCUGUCUAAUGUUAAAACAAAACUUUUAGAAAUCAUACUAUAUUGAAACAUAACUGCAAUUGAUUACGUCUUGACAUCUUUAUCUGUGAGUAAGUGUACUGGAGAAUAUUUGUCCAGUUUGGUUGUAUUACCUUCUUUUUGUUAAUUGGUGACUGUUUCAUGGCCUGGGAAGACCUAGUGAUCCUACAGUACAGUAAUUGUCCCAUUGUCAUCCACUGGUUGGUUCAAAAAGUCAAUCUUUUUUACAACCUGUUUAUAAUAAAAGAAAUGUGAAAGCCAUAUGUAAAAAGACUAAAUAAAGAUCUUUUUUAAA